AUGGAUGUCCAUAGUGGCAACCUAGCCACUGAUCUACUGGACAUUACCACCCGUUACCUCAAUGCCUCCAAUCUCAAGAGUUUCAUUCUGCCAUUACCCUUCUGUGACGAAACUAUACUGGACAGACGUGCUCUGCUCGUAAAGCUGCUUGCUAAUGUGUCAUGUCUAGCAAAGGAACAGUUGUUAGACGUUGUACAAGCGCUCUCCACAGGUGACUCUACGAAGGGAGAGGACAAUGGAAAUUCCACCGCAUUGAACACCGCACUAUCAAGUCGAAGAGCUGCUAGAAAUGGGCGUAAUACUUCACAACCACAAACUGGCAUACGAAGUGCCCUGAGACCGUCUGCAUCAGCAAUUAACGAAAAGCUAAUGGCAGAAUUAUCAGAAAUGCACCAACCAACACAAAUCGCACGAAGUAUAGACGCGGCAAUAAGACGACUAUCGAACCCCCAAACUGUAGGAUUUGUCAUGAUUAUCGCAUCAGAAUUGAAGUCAAAUGAUGAACUAGACAAAGGAGGUGUCGUUGAAAUGUUGGAUCCUGAGGAACACUGCGUAAGAUGUGUUUGGGGUGACCCCAGGCUAGUUAAACAUGGUGACUCCGAAUUUGGUAAAAUACUGAUUCUGAGGAUACUGGGCCACCUUUUCGAUUACGGCUACCCAGGAGCCCCGACGCACAACAAACUGAAGCAUACCUCCGUGCUCAAUGUGCACGGGGUACUCUUUCCAAGUGCAAUCUAUACAUUUAUGAUCAACGGGCUUAAGUUCGGUAAACAUUUCGAAACCGAAACUAAUGGCGGAUCGCAUGAAGACUCAAGUUCAAACUACUGCAGAUGCCAGAGGCUAGCAGAGUCACCAGAUGCGGAACUAUUCUGGGGGAUUUCAGAAUCCAGGCUAAAAAGCACAUUCUACAAUGUUAGAACACAGAUACCGUGUAAACCCUCAGAACAAACUAUAGAGCUCCUACAGAAGAUAACACAAGGCUAG